ACACGAUUGAUACUACUUGUGUGGUUCGUGAGACAUCAGUGUAAAGAGGUGUUCCCUGGCUGCUCUCCCGGUCCCAUAUUUCUUGUCUGGUUAAAACAACUCUGGCGUAGUACUUAAGAUAGAAGAACGAAGCUCAGAUACACCGACUCUACAAUUUUUUCCCGUUUGUUCUUUUUGUCCUAAUGCACGACAUUAUACAACACGUCUUUCAUUUUCAUGCGAUGCGUGCGCGAUCAUUUUCAAUUUCAUAUAUUGAUCAAUUCCAAUUUGUCCAUGGCGUUAAAAAAAGGGUAGCGUUGUUGCAGAAUUUCGGGUGCCGUGACCUCAUGCAAUGUAACCAUAUGUGACCCGACGUGGAAUAUUUCUGACUUCGAAUUUUCCGCCGAAAGAAAUUUCAAAAAAAAAACUUUAGCAAUAUCUGUAUCUAUAUAUUGGAGGUGGUGAAGUAAGUUGUUAGAAUAAACCGAACGAAAACUUGUAGAUAUCUGAGCGAGUGACGAGUACUUCUCCCGACGUUUGAUAUUAAGAAGCUCCCGAAGUCUUGUAAUUUCUGUAUUUUGUUGCUGCUUGUUCUCCUUCUCACAUAUUACGAGUUGUUUCUGUUGUAAAUUUUAUCUUUGUUUCAUCCCAAGAAAUCCGAAGGCCUCUUGCUGUUCAGUACUAUCCCGCCGUCAUUGAGAAUAUAGUCUGUCGCAUCAACAACAAACUCCGGCCUUUUCUUCACACGACAAGGCUCCUUCGCAUCAAAGAGAACCGCCCAAGACCUCUGAUCAGAAAGUAAACCUCCACCCCGACAGUACACGACCCCCACACACACACUGAGACGUCGAGAGGAGGUCAGGACGCGAAGAUAUCAUCGGAAUUAUUGCCUUGCGAGACGACUUCCUGACUACAAUUGGCGAGAAAAUAAAACUAAAGAGGGCUGAGAAGGUCUGUAUUGAGCUUGAAUUUGAAAUUUUAGGAAAAUCUCUAGUAUUUAUUCCGUUUCGCACGAAUUUUAUUUUCACCACCGGUACUACUAAUCUUUGAGGAGUGGAACCUAAACCUUGCAGUAACGAACGAAGUAGUAGAGUUGUGCGUGCACUAGUACAUCAUCCCAUCUCAUCUUGGAGAACAAGACAAGAAUCGGAGUGAAGACCACGCUGCCGCUGGAAGAAAAAUUUUGAACGAGAAAAAAUUCAGUAAAAAUACAAAUCAUCAUCAAAAAUUUAGGGACUUGUGCUCGUAGUUUGUGAAAGAGGCGUUGGAAAACAGAUUGUUUGUAUGCUGAUUUUUUUGCGAUUCUGCUCGAAAAAAUUUUCUUUUCCUAGAAAUUGACAACAAGAUUUAAUUACUUAUCAUCUUCCUCACCACAACUUACUACUCGUCCGUCGUCGCACUACAUCUAACGAAGAAAAGGUUUCACCUGUUUCUGAGUCCUUAGGUGGUCGUUUUCAGCCGCCUCGACCGCUGCAAUUCUUUGCGGGAAUUUUUAAUACCCACUUCCUCUUCUGGACUUUUGUUGCUGGGCCGCCUGCCACCAAAGUACGGUUAGUACAAAAGCAUCAAAAGCUUAGUUGCAGUAUUGAUUUUUUCUGCAGAUAACGGGAAGAAAGUGC